AUGGAGAGCUUCAGUCACCAGUCUAAUGAGGUCAGAUCCCUGAUGCUGUUGAUGUUGGGACUCGCCCUUCUGAGGGAGGUGGCAGCUCGGAAAAACCCCAAAGUAGAGGGUCCUGCCCUUCAGAAGGCCGGAAAUUGUCCUCCUCUGGAGGACAAUAGUGUGAGGGUUGACAUUCGUAUCCUCAGCAAAAACCAGGGCAUUUCAGUUCCGCAUGACCUCCAAAACCGGUCCAGCUCCCCGUGGGAUUACAACAUCACGCGCGACCCGCACCGCUUCCCCGCGGAGAUCGCCGAGGCCCAGUGCAGACACUCAGGCUGCGUCAACGCCCAGGGACAGGAGGACAUCUCCAUGAACUCCGUUGGCAUCCAGCAAGAAAUCCUGGUCCUCCGGAGGGAGCCCCAGGGCUGCACCCACUCCUUCCGCUUGGAGAAGAUGCGGGUGACGGUUGGCUGCACCUGUGUGACCCCCGUCGUCCACCACGUGGCCUGA